AUGGGUCGAAAGAAGAUUAAGAUGGAGCUUGUGAAAGACCCCAACACGAGGCAGGUCACAUUCUCCAAGCGUCGAACCGGCUUAUUCAAGAAAACAAAUGAGUUAUCCAUCAUGUGUGGAACAGAAAUUGCUGUUGUUGUAUUCUCCCCCGGGAACAAGCCUUACUCCUAUGGGCACCCAAGUGUGGAUGCUGUUGCGGCCAAGUAUCUUCAAAUAGAGCCCAAUUCUGAUGAUGAUGCCCAAGGUGGUAGCACUAGCAACCCCUCUGCUGACGUUUUUGACAUGGACCAACAGAAUCUAGAACUUGCUGAUGUGAUGGCCCAGAUUCGUGAGGAAGAAAAGAAGGCUAAGGUGCUUGCUGAGACCCUGAAAGAACAGCAAGUGACUAUACGCUCUGAGUAUCAAGACUUGAAUGAUUGUUAUGGAGAGCUCCAAGGUAUGGUGGAAAAGCGUCUCACUGAGUUUGAGAUAGCAGAACUUAUGGUCCUUCUUUCGGAAGGAAAAGUGGAAGGAAUGACUGUGGAAAACAAAGAUGAAAAGAAGAAAUAG